UCAACUCUCAACGCUAACCACGCGUGACAGACCCAUAUUCCUCCACCGUAACGUCUGGCCCUCACUUCUUGCCUAACUCGUUCCCAGUCAGCGCUGACCACUUUUUACGUCCUCGUUCCUGGCCUCUCCGCCUCGCUCCACGCUCCUUUUUUGAGCCCCAGAAAAAGACAAUACUGAUCUAAAAUACGAUCCAUCCUUGUGAUUCUUCGUGAUUCCCCAGACUCUAUUUGUGUUACUUGGCCCCUAUCAAAUCACAUUCUACACCUACCUACUUGCUGAGCACCAUCUCCUCGUUUGUUCCAGCCACCCCUCCUGCCACCCAUGACUUACUCCAAGGACAUAUCGGACAUACCGUUGAAACCGCCGGUGGAGACCUUCGUGGAUGAUCCCACCAGCUUGGACGAAUGCAGCAUUGACGAGCUCAUGUUUGACUUGACCCACGGAAUCAAAAACAUCAACAAGCUCCAUGUAUUCCAUGCAAUCCUAGUAUUAUCCCAAACCCUUCAAGACAUCAUCAAAUUGCAAGAACACCCCGCUUUGUUCGAACAGUUCAGAGCUACACAAUUGGCAAAGUUUGGCAUCGAACUUUCUGCAGUCAGGACCCCCGAAAUCGAUCAGAUCGGGCUAAUGAAGUACGGAAACUCUCACUCCUCAACCCCUCCGAGCUCACCUCCGUUAAAGUUCACCAAAUUAAAUGAACCUUCGAGCUUUUCGCUUGCGGAGAACGAUUUCGGCCAGUAUGCCGAGGCCACCCCAGAGUCCCAGGAUGAGGAGGGAGAAGAAGACGCCCCUUUUGUCCCAAUAGAGCAACUAGUCAAAUCCACUUCCUUAGACGAGGUAGAGACCCCUAUCGACUCGUCGUGCCCUGAGAGAUUCAGGAAGGAGUUCUUCUCGUGCCAAAAGAAUAAACGUUUGGUUCAGAACUCACAUCUCCUCAAAUCAUUCAAUUUAGUCAAGCUCCCACCAUUGCUGAUCACAGACUUUUUACUCCGUAUCAAGACUUAUUCUUCUUCUAUUUCAGUAUCGUCAUACAUUCACUCAGCAUUGUUGAUGUUCAAAUUAUCAGUAUUGCUUGAUAUAGUUCCAUUAACACAAAUGAAUGCAUAUCGCUUCAUAUUGGCAUCGAUACGUUGUUCCACCAAAAAUCUAGAAGAUGUUUAUCAGAAGCAGAAAUCGUUUGCUACAGUUGGGGGUGUUUCGCCGAAAGACUUGUUUAAGGUUGAGGUUGGUUUUCUCUACUUGUGCAAUUUCAAGUUGAUUAUUGGAGAGAGUUUAUUGAACCAAUUCCUAACUUCCCUGUUUCUUGACUUAAGAAACUUUUGCAUAGAACACUUUGAAAUCGAUAAGAAGCCAAAGGAUUAAUUAUAGAUAGAUACAGAAUGAAUGAACAGCUAGAAGUCUAGCAACGAC